UUCGCGGGAGUUGGGACGGCCGUGGCCGGCCACGGUCCAGCUCUUCCGUAGGAAAAUGGCGACGCAUUAAGACCCGGUGUGUUGUUUUGAGCGGUGUGCGUUGUUGCGGUUGUUGCUAACGAGCGAACGAGGCCGCGAACGAGCACCAUGGAUAUCUCGAGUAUGCUCGAGGUGCAGGUGAAGGAGGAGACGGACGUCAAGGAGAACGCGUGCCACUCGUGGUCUUUUCCAGUGACACCAGGACAGGAUCAGGCGUCCAGCGCCACCACCACCGCGGUCACCCCCGGGAUCUCACAGGAGGAGAGCAAUUACUACAAGCUCACGUUCGGCAACGAUAUCGCGUCCGUACGAUUCCGUAGAAUUCACUGUACAGCCUGCGACCAGCACAUCGGCUCGGCUCCGUCUCAGGCUCACAAUAUGUUUGAGCAUCCUGUACUACGUACAUUGCUGUGCGCAAAUUGUCAUGACUUUUAUGGAGAUGGCACUUUUGAGCAGGGCGACGACGCUACAGACAUGUUCUGCAGAUGGUGCGCCAAUGGUGGCAAUUUAUACUGUUGCUCCUACUGUAGCAACACAUUCUGCUACAAGUGUAUAAAAAGAAACUUUACAUCUCUGAUCCGAAAGAAAAUCGAAGCGGACGAAAAGUGGAAAUGUUUUGUAUGCAACCCCAGUGAUUUGUAUAAUGCAAGAGCUAUAUGCUGGGCUCUACUUCAACAUGUACAAACAGUGACGAGAAUACUUCAGCACGACAAGAAGAUGACCGCGGAGGAGAUCGAGGACAAGAUGAAUUUGGACGAAACGCAAUGCUGUCCACGCAGAAGCAAGCGUAAGCGGCGAAGACCCGAAUCCAAUUCCGAGGAGGAGGACGAAACGUACACGCCUAAGGUCGCCAAUGGGAUGCAGUGUUACAUAAAACCACGCAAACCGGUGAAAAAGGCCAAAUCGCACAGCCUGUCGAACGGCUACGAGAGAAUUUCGAAAGAGGUAUUUAUGAAUCGUAUGCCGAUUCCCAUCAGACCGCGUCCAACGGCGUUCUUGAGCGGCCAAUCUUUCAACGCCGAACCGAUGAAAUCUACGGUGGUCAGCCACAAAAAUUCAGUCAUUACCCCAUCGGAGAGUAUCGUCUUUUCGUCGCCCAGUGUGAUAAACGCGAACACCUCGUUGCCAUCGAGAUUCGAUCCCAAUACGUUGCAACAGCAAUCCUCCGUGUAUCACACGUCUUUUAUGAACUCAGGUUCCACCACUUUCAUUCAAACACCCGUCAUGAAUCGAAUCAUUCUUCCGCCGCAGCCGCAACCGCAGUUGGCGUACCAGCCGCAGCAGACGAGCUCGUAUCAGCAGUCGUCGCAGCAGCGUCAAUCUGUGCCGAACACAAUGGUGUCUAUACCUAAUCCGGUGGAUAAGCACGGCAGACCCCUGUUCAUUCUUCCGAAGCCGAAGGAAAUGAAUAUGACGUUGACGCCUAACAUAAUCGAGCUCGACAGCGACUCCGACGACGAGCCGAGCGUAGUCGCGCAGCAGAAUAAUAAUUUGUCGAUCGAGAGAGGCAAUAAUAUGGACGUUAACGUUCCCGACAAGGUUGUACCUGUCGCUCUCACCUGGGAGAACAGUGACGACGACGCCGUCAGAGAGGACCAGCCCCUGCGAGUGACGACCCCGACCGUGGAAAAAAAUGUCUCGUUCAGUGGAAUGAUGUUGCCGCAUAGCCGGGAACUCGAGAAACUCUUGGGUGAUACGAAGGAAAAGGUGUACAAUUUCUUCGAGCUGAACAAUGCGAUCGAAAACAUCGAAGCGGAGGCGCAGCAAAAAGUCAAGCAUUUCUAUAGCAGCAUGCGCGACACGGUCGUUCAGAUGGUGCACAUCAACGAUAGGAUAGUACGCCAAUACCACGAGUGGAGAAGAUCUCGGAAGACGGAUACGGUAGCGUCGCCUACGGCCAAGAAUAGAGAUGCAUUAGACCCGUCCCAGGACAAUGUAGAUAUUCCUUUAGAUAUGACUUGCGUAAACGAUUCCGACACCGAAUCCGAUGAUAACAGUCAGAUCGCGGAGCCAUCCGAUUUAGUUUGCGAGAGUAACAUUAUUAAGCACUUGUUAUCGUGUAAAAAGAACGUUGUGCAUCGUAGUGUUGGUGAAGAUAGUGAACACUUGUAUGUGAACAAGGCAGUUCAGGUAUACGACGUUGUCUCAAGGGAUUACGAGAAAUGUAUCGGUUAUUCGUUAUUAACGAGAACCGCCCACGACGAUUCGAAGGCGGACGAUAGUGUUUUGGAUUCACCGGCCGCGCCUGACGAGAAUUUUGGCAGGUAUGAGGAACAGUUUAUCUACUAUCUACAACAUAUUGAGGAUAACGGGAUUGAGACAGAGGAUACGAAGAGUUUGGCAGACUCGGAUGAAACGUCACUUCAAAAAGUGCAAACGGAUCCACCAUUCACUUCACAUUCGUCUCAAAGUAUCGAUUUAUCUGAUCAGUCGAAAAGUUGCCAACAAGAAAACAAUUUGGGUGAUAAUAUUGAUUCAGUGGCCAAAGAUGGCAAAAGUGGAAAAACAUUGGAUAACAAUGAAGAAAUUGUUAGUAAUUCUGACACUGAGAUACAAGAAACAAUUGUGCAACUAGACGACAAGUUGCAACAAACGGAAUCGCGAGAAACUCAUGCAGAUACAAUGGAUGAUACAAUGGAAGCGAUAACGUCAGAUAACGAAAUAAAUUCAAAUGAAAAUGAUAGCAUAGUAAAUUUAGAAGUAACUGUUUCGGCAGGAAGUGAGGAGGAUUGUACUAUUAUUGAUGAUUAAUGAGACGGAUUAUUUAUUAACGUAUUGCGUUAGAUUCAAUACUCUUAUCAUUCAAUUGAAAUUAUUAAUAGAAAUGCAUUUUGAUUUGAAAUUUCAUUUUUUUUUUUUUUUUUUUU